AUGGAGAUGAAUGAUAGUGAUGUUGAUUUAGCCUCACCGUUAAAAGACGUCAAUGAUCAAGAACACACAUUGGAGGAAUGGAUUCCUGUAUGUGCUGAUGAACUCAAACCUGUGAUUGGCAAGGUAUUUGAUACUUUAGUAGAAGGGGGAGUAUUUUAUAAAAAUUAUGCACAUGCAGUUGGUUUUAGUGUACGUAGUUCGACUGAAACAAAAGAUAAAAUUGGUGUCAAGUGGAAAUAUUUUCUUUGCUCAAAAGAAGGUUUUAAAGUAGAAAAAAAGAAAGUGAUUCCUGAGUUGCUUAUGGCUGAAAAUAGUUUGGCUAAAAGCAGAAAAAGAAAACUGACACGAGAGGGAUGUAAAGCAAAAAUUAUUUUCAAGAGAACUAUUGAGGGUAAAUAUGAAGUCUCAAAAUUUCAUGAAGGUCAUUCACAUGGACUAGUCACGCCUAGAAAGAAACAAUUCUUAAGAUCAGCAAGGAGUGUGAAUAGUGUUCAUAAAAGUUUAUUGUUUUCCUGCAAUAGAGCUAAUGUGGGGACUUCAAAAGUUUAUCAAAUAAUGAAGGAGCAGGUUGGGAGUUAUGAAAAUAUAGGAUGUACACAAAGGGAUUUUCAGAAUUAUUCAAGAAAUUUAAAAGAAUUGAUCAAAGACUCUGAUGCAGAUAUGUUUAUUGAUAAUUUUAGAAGAAAACGUGAGAUGAACCACUCAUUUUUCUAUGAUUAUGAGGCUGAUAAUGAAGGGAAGCUAAAAUACGUGUUUUGGGCUGAUGGAAUUUGUCGAAAAAAUUACUCUUUGUUUGGAGAUGUAAUUUCAUUCGACACAACAUAUAGUACAAACAAGUAUUCCAUGAUUUUCGCUCCAUUUACUGGCGUAAAUCAUCAUCGUCAAAGUAUAACCUUUGGGGCUGCAUUGUUAGCUGAUGAAAAAUAUGAAUCAUUUGUGUGGUUGUUUGAGGCAUUUUUGAAAGCAAUGGGAGGACAUAAACCUGUUGUGAUAAUAACAGAUCAAGACCAAGCUAUGACGAAUGCAGUGGAAGAGGUUUUUAACGGGUCUUCUCAUAGAUUUUGUAUGUGGCACAUUCUAAAAAAACUUUCAGAAAAAGUGGGUGGUUCCUUAAAUUCGAAUGCGGAUUUUAAUAAUCGUCUCAAGUCAUGUGUUUGGAAUUCAGAGUCCUCGGAAGAAUUUGAAUUAAAAUGGAAUAAUGUUAUUAGUGAUUUCAAGUUGGAAGAGAAUGGUUGGCUUUCUAAAAUGUAUGAUCUUAGAAGCAUGUGGAUACCAGCUUAUUUUAAAGAUAUGUUUAUGGCUGGAAUUUUGAGAACAACUUCAAGAUCAGAGAGUGAAAAUUCAUUCUUUGGUAACUACUUGAACAAGAAUCUUACUUUAGUGGAAUUUUGGAUGCGAUUUGAUUCUGCAUUAGAAGCACAGAGGCAUAAAGAACUACUUGCAGAUAAUGAUACACUUCAUUCUAAUCCAGAGUUAAAGAUGAGCAUGGAUUUGGAGAAGCACGGUAGAGAGGUUUAUACUCAUGAAAAUUUUUACAUAUUUCAGAGGGAGUUAUGGAGUGCAUGUGUGGAUUGUGGAGUUGAAGGAAUGCACAAUGAAGGUGAGAAUUUAAUAUUUUCUAUACUUGAUAAUGUUGUGGUUAAUGACACCAAAGUGAGCAAAAAUAGGAAAGUUGUGUAUGAUUUGUCUAACCACAUUGCUUGUUGUUCAUGUAAAAUGUUUGACUCUGAAGGGAUACCAUGCCGACAUAUUCUUUUUGUACUAAAGGGGAGAGGUUUUAGUAAUAUUCCAAGUCAUUACAUCGUUGAUAGAUGGACGAAACUAGCAACAAGUAAGCCCGUUUUUGAUUGUGAUGGAAAUGUAUUAGAGGCAUGCUCUAAAUUUGAAAGUGAUAGGACAUUAGUUUCAAAAGCAUGGGCACAAUUGUUUAAAUGCAUGCAUAUGGCUGGUUCAAAUAAAGAGAAAUUGCUCCUAAUUUUCAAUGAGGGUUGUAGUAUUGAAUUGAAAAUGGCUAAUAUGAAGAGUGACAUCAUACCAAAACCAUUGGAUGAGUUGGAGGCUUUUACUGGUUGCAAUGUAUCUAAGGAAAUUGAAGUUCUUCCACCCCAACCUUCACAUACUAAAGGUUGUGGAAAAAGAAUUAAAGGGGGAAAAGAGAAGGCUAUAGAAGAACAACAAAAGAGAACAAGACUUUGUAAAACUUGUAAGAGAUAUGCAGCCCAUGAUAGUCGUAAUUGUCCCACAAAAUUUUCAUCUUAA